ACACGAGAAGAAGUCGGAUGUCUACAAGUUACGGUAUAUAAGUCUGCUCUGUUAAGAAAUUCUUCACAUACCAGCCAGCAUGCCCGGCCUACUUGAUGGAGUGCACAACUCCAAAAAAAGGAAGAAGGAUGCUUCGGAACGCAAACCGCAAUCGUCCAAGCGGAGAGCUGUAGCGGACGACAAUGAGGAUAAAAACAGGAUACAGCAGUUGGAGGACCAGAUAGCAGAGUCCCGAAAGUACUAUAACAACAUUGUCACCUUGAUAUCCCUCUUUAUCACCGAAGACUCUACAAAGUCACCCAAUCUCACUGUUGCCCUUUCACUCUGCAGGGUCUUCUGCCGACUGUUGGCAGGAGGCCAGUUCAACAAACCCAAAGGCGCAAGUGAGCAGGACUUGAUACUGGUUGCAUGGCUGAAAGAAAGAUAUCAAGAGUAUCAACAGGGUUUGAUUAAUGUUCUCAAAAAGGCAGAGCCAACAGCUCAAAUUGCGGCCCUCUCCCUUUGCAUGCGCUUGAUCAAAGAACAGUCCAUCAAUGGAGGAGCUGGAGCUGAUGUGGGAGUGUGGAAGGGGGGCUACUUCAACGACCUGGUUAUAGCUCUCAUCGAGGCCCAAGAUGGAGAGCGUGUGCGGUCGGAAUUCAUCGAGAACUUUCUGACCAAGUACCAUGAUGUUGCUUUUUAUACCCUUCUUCGGCUCUCCGAUUUUGCAUCAACCAAUAAAUCUCCCGAGUCAAUAGAAGUUGUCAUAUCCCUCUUAUCCGCCCUAGGCCAACCGCCACCGCCAAACCACGAGUUCGAGAGCUUCUACACCGACCUAUCAAGUGUCGGUCAAAAACACAAAGCUACCCUUCUCUCUGUUUCUUCGUACAAGCAACGCGUCCAAGCUGCUUGGCUCAGCGUUCUACGGAGUAAUACUCUAAACGAACAGCAAAGAAAGACUCUCCUCCGCCUAAUGUCCCGCCUUAUAGCCCCAUGGUUCCUCAAACCGGAGAUGCUCAUGGACUUCCUAACGGAUUCUUACGACCAGGGAGGAUCAACAUCCCUCCUCGCCCUCUCAGGCCUCUUCUACCUAAUCCAAGAAAAGAAUCUCGACUACCCACAAUUCUACCAGAAACUCUAUUCUCUCCUAGAUGCCGACCUCCUCCAUUCAAAACACCGUUCUCGCUUCUUCCGCCUCCUCGACACCUUCCUGUCCUCCUCCCAUCUCCCCGCAACCCUUGUCGCAAGUUUCAUAAAGCGGCUAUCCCGGCUCGCGCUCAACGCGCCCCCGGCUGCCAUAGUCGUCAUCGUCCCCUGGAUCUACAACCUCCUGAAGUCCCACCCAACAUGUACCUUCAUGUUGCACCGCGUGAUCCGCGAUGAGGACUCACAAUCCAAAUUGCAAUCUCACGGCAUGACCGACCCCUUCGAUCCUACGGAGCCAGACCCAACCCGCACCGGCGCUCUAGAAAGCAGUCUGUGGGAAAUCGAGACUCUGCAGUCACAUUACCAUCCCAAUGUGGCAUCGCUUUCGAAGAUCAUCUCAGAGCAGUUUACGAAGCAGGCGUAUAACUUGGAAGAUUUCUUGGAUCAUUCGUAUCAAGGGAUGGUUGGGAUGGAGCUAGGGAAGGAGGAAAAGGAGUUCCGAAAGGCUCCUGUGGUAGAGUUUCAGAUUCCGAAGAGAAUUUUUACGGAUAGGUUGCUGGAGGAGGAUGGGGGAGUGGACAAGGAAGUAGGGGCGUUGGUAAGAGGCUUGUGGGAUUUUACGUAAGGCUGAUGGCCCUCACACACACACACAUACACACACAGAGAUAUAUAUAUAUAUGUACCUAUUUGGAUGUAAAGAAUAGAGAGCCCAAAACUCACAACCAAGUGACUACGGGGAUAUUUAACCUUUUAUUCUUCAGCUUCAAAAUUACACACAUCCUUCCCUUCUAAUCUUUGAGCAUAAGUGCAGAGAGCGGAAUAAAAGGGAAAUGGUUCAAUUUAGAGAUUGUUGGAUCCCUUGUUCAUUAAAACAAACGAAGAACUCCCGUGUAUCACGCCUGCGCAUAUGAACCCAAAACGGAAAGAGGAUGCAGGAUGAAAAAGGAAAGGAAAAGGAAAAGAGAAAUAGCCAAACUAAACGAGUGGAGUGACUCUUGCCAUCAAAUCAAACCCCUGGAAAAAGAUAGAGAAAGAAACCUUGUAUGUAUCCCUAAACCACGACACAAAACACCGACCCAAAGUCCCAAAGCUUCGUUCAAAUCCAUAUGCAUCAGAAGGAGUUAGCUCCAACGGGUCCGGUUCUUCAACUACCAUUCCCAGAUCCUCCGCAGCAGCCCGCUCAAGUGCAGACUGGAAAUCUCCACUAAACCCAGGGCGAAAGACCAGGUGCGGAUCUGCGCGAAUAUAUUCUCGCGCCUGCGGUCGUCUUUGACUGUGCAUAUCACGCUCCUCUGCCUCCGGAUCCCCCGGGUGGUAAUUGCCGCUCGGAUCGACGACGAAAAUAGCUCGCUUGAGAUCAUCGAAUAAUUCAUCGGAUAUAUCAACUGGUAUAGCUUCGAUCCUAACCCGCAAAUCCUCCAUGAUUGCUCUUACAUACCGGUCCCUUAGGUUUCGGUACGCAAUCGUUUCUUGCUCCAUCAAUUGCCAGCAUUGGAUGAUUUGCGCUUCUGUUGUUGCCAUCUUGAUAUUCUCUGCCGCUCUGUAAGUGAUGUUGAAAAGUUCCUUAGCGACGGAUUGGAAAACCUUGUCGACUUUCGGCGCAGCGCUGGCAAUCGUGGUGCAAAUGACUUUGGCGAGUUCUGGGGAAUAUAUUCGUUGCCAAAAGGCGACCCAGCUGCUCAUGCCGAUUCUUGAUUUCCGCAUCCGCGUCAAUUCCAAGGAGAGAAGAGCGGUGUGGCAAUUAUUAAGGAUAUCUUUUGCGUCUUCGCGGGCCUCGAGGACGGAUGGUGGUACGGACACGGACUUAGCAGGAGGGGGUGAACUGUCGCCAAUGUCGAUGGCGGAAUCGGCUGGUGAAGCUGGUCGGUACUGGACGGGUUCAUAUUCUUCUUUGGAGCGAGAAUAAACUACCUCGACACCGGGGGGGGAACUAAGGCCCUGUUUUGAGGCGGUGUUUUGUAGCCAUUCAAGGAGGUGAUAGGGCGUCGUAGUCCCUGCAUUAUUGCAUUCCCGUUGGUGAUAUCGAUAAUGCAUGUGGCAACGAGAAACAAGUAACGAAGGACAGAAAGAAAGAAGCGAACGAAGAACCACGCAACAAAAGCAGAGGAAACUAUAAUGAAUCUGAACGCAAGCAAAAAGCUUAAAGGGAG